UUACAUUACUAUAUAUAACCUUCAUUUUCUGUUUACUCCAGUUUACUUAAAAUUUUUUUUUUACUCACUUUUUAAAUUUUAUUCAAAUGUUAUCCAUUGACAAUAAUUAUUAGUAUAAAAAAUUGUAAUUAGUGUUAAGUAAAAAAAUGUGGACAAAAAUAUCAUCUGGGUUCGAUGCUGAAGACGAAACAAUAAAUUUUGGUACCCGUAAUUUCGCGGAGACCGCAGGAUCCAUCUACGAGACCUGGACACUUGCAGUAAUCCAACCGGACAUCGAAGUUGUAAAGGAUCCUAAAGUAACGGCAGCUAUUUUCUACACCAGACUUUGCGUAAGUGUUGAUAAUUCUGUAACAAUAUUUGGUGAUUUAUCGUGCAAUGACGUGCUGUCAAGUAUUGGCUUCGACUCAUCAGUCACCAGUUACUGUCUGUCAAAAGACAGCAAGUUUUUAUUCGUAUCCGUCGAACCAGCAGAGCUCCACUGCUUCAAUCUCACGGAAACUGGCCAGGAAAUACUUUGCCUUGAUCUUCACCGGCACUUUAAAUGCAACCGCAUUAUAAAAGUAUGUCUAGAAGAAGAAAACGAUAACGUAAAUGUUAUUAUUGUUACUUCUGUAGGCAAAAUUUAUCGAAUAAAUAAUUUUAAUCAAGCUGACGUUGUUAGCGAUGGAGAUGAUGAUAAAUUUAUCAAGACCAUCAAAGUAUUGUCGCAACAGACAUCGAGAAUCGAGUACGCGGCUCUCAGAGAAUCAAAUGAAUCAUCAGUAAAGUCAUUGGUGACUCUAGGUGAUGAUGUCUCUUUAUUUCCAAAAAGUAUUUCCUGUCCAUUAAAAUCGUUGCCUUACCAGUACAUCAAAGCGCAAUUUUUUAAUAAUUACAGCGGGAUGAUUUGUCUGCGUGCUGAUAAAAGUCUGAGUGUCGUUCAUCUGAAGACACUCAUUGGUAAAAAAGUAUGGAGUGGACCAGUCGUUGAUUUUGUAACUCUGCAAGAAACAGACAGUAAUCACAUGCUUGUUCUGAUGGACUCUGAACCUUCAGCAACACUGACAUCUCUUCAUCUGAUGUCUUUUCCAGAUUUUAAAAUUAUUUUUACCAUGACUGUACCGCGGACGACUUACCUGAUUGAUAUCAUCGGUGGUAAAUCAAUAGACAGUUUAAUUAUCAUCGAGGGUAUGAAAAAUUCAAGCAACCUGGUGAGUACUAUUCGUGUAAAAGCUAUUGGAGAAAGUCUGCCAGAGUAUCGUCUCCAGAGACUACUGAAACAGCAACGAUUUGAUGAAGCACGAGAAUUCGCGGGUAAAUUUAAAUUAAACUGCGAGUGUAUAUUCCAAGCCCAGCUAUCUGUUUUAAUGAAUCAGUUGCGUCCACAGUUAGAUCAGAAUGAUAUAGUAGAAUUAGAUAGUUUUAUUUCGAUUCUAGAUCAAAUAAAAGAUGUCAAAUAUAUUUAUGAAUGUUGUAGUAAAGCUCUGACACGUGAUUAUCAAGACACCAAGCGGCUUUACAUCUACACCAAGAAGCGUAUUUUUGAUUGUAUUAAUUCGUCAUCAACGAAAUCUAUCAAUGAAGACGUUUCUUAUCUUCUGCAUGAAGUAAGUGACAUAUUAAAAAAACUGGAGACUUUUGAAUGUAUCCAGAGAGUGAGAUUUAAAAAUAAUCACGAUGAAUUACCGGAUAUAAAUGAGUGGAAUAAAUUUUCACGAUCUGAUUUACUUCAGGAGUGCAUUAAAUAUUUGUCACUGGGCGAAUUGCACGCAGCUGCACUCAUAUGGACACGUCAUAUUUCAUCGAUAGCACCUAAAAUAAUAAAAGGAACAGUAGAACAAAUUCUCGAAACAAUACCCAGUCAUUUAGGACCCGAUGACCUGUGGCCUUGGUUGCAUCAAUUCGUUCCUUCCGUUACAUCUUUUAUACCCAGUUCAUUACCUGAAAUUAUUCAGUGGGGUUACAAGAAGACCAAGUCCCUAGAAAAGUCUCAUCGUGACCGAUGGCCUUCAAUUGGAUUGCAGUUCACAGAAGGACUCGUUGAUUUAUUGCGUUUUGAAGAGUACAAAGUUUGUUUCCAACUUCACCAGCAAUACACAAAUAAAAAUUCGCAGUUUCACCGGCUGAUGACCUUAAUGCAAGCGGUCUCCGAUCUACUAGAUCUCAAGACACACUACAAAGUUGUACUGCCUCUCAAUACUUAUCUGAGUAAUCCAAUAGACGUUAUCACUCUGCUGCUCAAUAAAAUUCACAUCGACGAGAUUCCUGGAUUGAUGAAUAAUUUUCUUAAUCAAUAUAUGGUCAAUCAUUCGUUGAAGAAUGACGAAAUACUGUCGACGUAUAUCCAGAACACUCUGAAGAAUUCGAAGCACUGGUGGAUCGGUGAUAAAGCGCCAUGGGAUAAACGGCUCGCUGUUGUUAUCAAUUACAUUCACAAUAUACAGAAUCGAUUGCAGCAGACACUGGAAGUAUUGAAAAAAGCACCGGUACCUUGGAGUGAUGCUUUGACAGCACUUGCUGACCAGUCUUACACUUACAAUCAUCCGCUGGUAUCGGAUAUUUUUACUGAAAGCAACAACGUUACGGUAAAAUUAAUUCUUAAAAAAUAUGGAUUCGCUCAUAUAGGCUGUAAUUAUCAUUUAUAUAAUAAUAUUAUUAAGCAAAACCGCGCGAGUAUGAUUGAAGAUUUGUUCGAGUUGACAAAAACGGACAACGAUUUGAGGCAAAAAGUUAUUUUUAAUUGUCUUAAUUAUCACUUGAGUCGCGGUAAUACUGAAAGAUUUAUGGAAAUAAUUGACGGAUUGGAUGAUAAUUUAUUGCUAAAUUGCUGUAAAGAAAUAGUCGACAUGGUUAAAGUUAAAUUAAAUUUUAAUAAGGUUGAUAAAUCAUUAGAACAUUAUAUGGAAGUACUGAAUACUCUGGAAAAUAAAUUUAAAGAAGCGUUAAUCGUCACUAUGAAGAGUAAGUUAAUUGAAUUAGACGAUUCUUAUCAAACGUUGAAAAUAUUAAAAAAUAUUUAUCGGCUGUACAAAGAGUUUGGCAUUAAUAUUAAUCAGCAAGACUACUGUCUGCGCAAAGAAAAAAUAAUACGCAGUUACAUUCAAUUAAUUGUUGGUUCGUAUGAAGAAGACAGAGUCGAUUGGGUGAAUAUUUGCAGGUGUGUUGAAAGAGUCAGUAGUUUACUGGAGCUGCCGAAAUUCUUUGGACUCCACGAAGUCCUUCAGCAGACAUCUCAUUCACAGACUCUGAAAAAUUAUAUCAUUGAUCGGCUGAAUAAUGCCGCAGUUUCUCCUGAUCCUGAUGAAAAUGAAUACAUAAUUAAAAUCUGCUCGAAAUUACUCGUUAAUCUCGAUGACAAUUCUCAGCUGGCUAUUUGUUUAAAAAAUUCAUGCUCGUCAACUCUGAUUCACACGACGAAAAAAAUAAAUAAUUUAAUGGAAAACUUGUAUCUAGCGAAUCGUAUCGAAGCUUACAAUGAAGCAGUUGGUGCUGAAAAAAUAGAAACUGGUUUAAAAACUCCGUCAUUAAAAUUGUAUACUAUUUAUACAGAUGCUUCUUUUUCACCAGGAAAUAUUCUGUUGCCUCUUUUGAAAGACGCGUUUGAUAUCUGUCGUCAUUACAAAAAUAUUUAUGAAAAUAAUGGAAUAACUUCAGAUGUUGAUCCAGAAGUUAUUGGAUACUUGACCAAGAGUUUGUUUCAUAAAGUUAAAGCCAUUCAGAGCGAGCAUCAUGAUUACGCGUUGCUAAAAAUAUUUUUGAUAAUUCAGACGGAGUUGUGCUCUUAUCAGCCUGCUAGUGAAGAAGCUGUAAAUGAAAUCCAGUCGGUAAUGAAACACUGUAUCUAUAUGUUACUAAAAAAACUUAUAAGUAACAGAUCAUUUGAUAUUAAUCUAGGACUCGCAUGUUUAUUUUUACUUUCCCAAGCGGAUGCUUUUAAAAUACUGGUGUCUAUUUCAAAAUACUUUCAAACAGAUUCAUCCCGCGACCGAGUUAUUCAGGACUUGGGUUACGAGUACUGUCGUUUAGUUAAAGAUGACACUCACGGUGAUAUAUUUUAUGACAAGAGAAUUAUUCACUGCUGGGCAGAAAUACUUGGAAAUUAUGGUAUCUCCGCAUCGGAAGUAUUGCAGAGCAAUAUUGAUGGCAAACGUACCAUUAUGAUGCGAAUUAUGAAGUCGAAGAAACCGGAUGUUGUAAAAAUACUCGAAGACUUUUGUCAUAACUUUGGGUUUAAUUUGAAAGACUGUUACUUCAUGUACUUAGAAGUCCUGCUGCUGUCUUGGCAACCGAAAUACAGUCUUCUGACGGGAAAAGACGGAAAGAAAGUCAUUAAAUUAGACGAAACUGAUAUAAAAGAACUUGAGAGUGUUUGCAAAAAUUUGAUGAUUAAAAUAAAAGAGCUUGAUAGCAAUAAUCCAUCUGAUAUAAAGACUCACUUGGAGAAAUUAAAAUUACGUGUUAAUUUUUAUCAUUAUGAAAUAUUUGUUUUGCUGCUGGAUCUUGCUGAAGAAAAAGACUUUGAGCUAAAAAGUUACUUGUGUUUUUUGAAAGAUUACAUUCGCGCGAGUCCACCAACUGACGUUGAACGUGAAGAAUGGUUGAAUUAUUCACAAGAGGAUCAGUCAUUGCCAGCAAUCGCUCAGUGGCGGUUUCCAUACCUGCCCAAAAUACCGCUUUACAAAUUGAUACAAAUAACACAGGAAUUAAAUUUGAAAACUUAUGAAAAGUGGUUGGAAAUAGCGCCAGUUCUUAAAAUAACAAACUACUGUAUAUGUUCAUUGGCAGUUAAAGGAGCUGUUGCUGAAGCUUGGCCCCAUAAUCCCACCACCGCUAAUAACCACAAGACUUCUAGUCACAAUGAGUGGUCAAUACAUUUACGCAAUGGUGCAUUGCUUCAAGAAAUAAAGAAAUGUAUUAAUAAUUGCAUCAAGCAGAAAGAUGAAAUCGGAGCGGCAGCUUGGUAUCAUGUCGUUAAUUACAUGCCUCCUGGUGCUGACAGAGUUGCUGCUGCUAGAGAAUGUUAUUUGUAUGCACAGGACUGGCAGCAACAAAUUGAUGAUCCAAUAACUCCAGACGAUUCCAUGAAAUUUAAGCUGCACAAAAUAAAGGACAGAUAUUUCAAGUAUACAUCGAAGCAUAUACUGUACACCCAUGGAUUGGGACAAGAUAAGUAUUUAAAUUUGGUUGAGAAUCCAGAAAAGCUAGUUCGAGAAUUGUAUAAUGAUGAGACUAUACCAGCUCGUUACAAAGGAGUGAUAAAAAACCGUCCGGACAUAAACUCAGCAGUAACAUCAUUGGGGAAUAUAUUCACAUUGAACUUGAUGAAGAUACGUCUGGCGUUGUUGCAUGAAUGGCUGCAGCCAGAAGUUUUUGACAACAAGGCAAAUGAUACCAUCAAUAUGUUCAAUGAUUUUUCAAUUCUGUCAAGCAAUGCUGCUUGUGACACUUUCACAACUGAUGACAAUCUGCUGCGAGCUUGUUACCUCGUCGGGUCAGAUAAUUCCGAGAACUACGCGAAUUAUCUACUCAAUAUCAGUCUCAUCGAGGCUAAAGAUGAGGACUAUACAAAUCUUUAUGGACCAGGUAUGCGUUUCCGUGCUCUGAGGGUGCUUCAGUCUAUCAAGGACGAGUCAACGCUAGCGGACUACGCAAAACGGGAUCCCCAGCGUGUUAAUCAGUACAUGAAGUCUCUGCAGUAUUUAACGGAGUUAGAAAGACUUGGAUUGUCUUACAGUAUUACUAAUUUUGAUUCGUGUUCUAAACAAAAACUUGUACAGAUACUGGUUAACAGUCAGUACAGUACACCACGUGCUCUAGGACUGAUUCCUCAAUUGUAUCUCGAUUACGAUAUUGAGGAUCACAGUUUUCUCAAUACUGCGUUAGAGUACAUGGUAAAGUACUCACUCGUUCAAGAAUUGAAAAAAAAUUUAUUGAAACUUGGGUCUAUUGACUGCAUUGUCAAUUACUCUGGUUACGUUGCCGCGUGGCAAAUAGUAAUCAAUGAACCUUUUAAUAAACUAGAUCAGAGUUCUGAAAGUAUUGAUAACUGUAUCGAAGCAUUGAGACUAUUACACGUUUGUCCGAUUAUUGAUAAACUACAGUUUGGUUCAAUUAUCAAGUAUUGCAUUGUGGCUAAGCAGCCUCAUUUUGCGGCGGCACUUGUUCCUUUUUUGAGCGGCGAUGAAAAAAAAACUGUUUUACAGGAAAUUAUACAAAAUAUAAAUUACGAUCAAGUGAUAAAUAAAUUGUUGGAACUUGCUAGCAAAGGAGUAUCAAUCGUUUAUCAAUCUAUUAUGAUGUUGAAUGAAGCCAGUGCUACUUUGUCUAUUACACAGUAAUGUUGUAGUAUAUUUUUGUACAUUUUUUAAUAAAUUUAUAAUAAAAUUACGAUUCCUCAGAAGAAGACUUCACACGAUCAUCGUAAUUUU